UCGAAAUGUGCACUGCUGCAAAGUACCGAGUUUCUGCUACAAAUUCGCGUGCACUGCUGCAAAGAUUUGUGUACGUGGCCGGACGCAGACGCAGCUAGCUCCGGUGAUCUGAAUUGAUCCAUCAGCCAUGGCGGUCGGCGGCGUCAGCGUCUCGGAGAGUCAGGACCGGAGCUAUGGGGGCGGCGGGAGGGUCACGGCCUUCGUCGUGCUGUCGUGCAUCACCGCCGGCAUGGGCGGCGCCAUCUUCGGCUACGACAUCGGGAUCGCGGGCGGGGUGUCGUCGAUGGAGCCGUUCCUGCGCAAGUUCUUCCCGGAGGUGUACCGUCGGAUGAAGGGCGACUCCCACGUCAGCAACUACUGCAAGUUCGACAGCCAGCUGCUCACCGCCUUCACCUCCUCGCUCUACGUCGCGGGCCUGCUCACGACCUUCCUCGCCUCCCGUGUCACUUCGCGCCGCGGCCGUCGCCCGUCCAUGCUCCUCGGUGGCGCCGCCUUCCUUGCCGGGGCGGCCGUCGGCGGUGCGGCCGUGAACAUCUACAUGGUCAUCCUCGGCCGGGUGCUCCUCGGCGUCGGCCUCGGCUUCGCGAACACGGCCGUCCCGCUGUACCUCUCGGAGAUGGCGCCGUCGCGGCACCGCGGCGCGUUCAGCAACAGCUUCCAGUUCAGCGUCGGGAUCGGUGCGCUUGCGGCCAACGUGAUCAACUUCGGCACGGAGAAGAUCAAGGGAGGCUGGGGGUGGCGCGUGUCGCUGGCGCUCGCCGCCGUGCCAGCCGGGCUCCUGUUCGUCGGCGCGCUGUUCCUCCCGGAGACGCCCAACAGCCUCGUCCAGCAGGGCAAAGACCGCCAGGAGGUGGCGCUGCUGCUCCGGAAGAUUCGCGGCACUGACGACGUCGACCGCGAGCUGGAUGACAUCGUCGCCGCCUCGGACAGCGCAUCAGCAGCGGGCGGAGGCCUGCAGAUGCUCCUCACUCAGCGGCGGUACCGGCCGCAGCUGGUGAUGGCCUUGGCCAUACCCUUCUUCCAGCAGGUGACCGGGAUCAAUGCGAUCGCCUUCUACGCGCCGGUGCUGCUGCGCACGAUCGGCAUGGGCGAGAGCGCGUCUCUGUUGUCCUCUGUGGUGACGGGCGUGGUCGGCGCGGCCGCCACGCUGCUCUCCAUGUUCCUGGUCGACCGGUUCGGCCGCCGCACGCUCUUCCUCGCCGGCGGCACCCAGAUGCUCGCGUCGCAGGUGCUGAUCGGCGGCAUCCUGGCCGCCAAACUUGGCGACGACGGCGGCGUGAGCAAGGCGUGGGCAGGGGCGCUCAUCUUCCUGAUCGCCGUUUACGUGGCCGGGUUCGGGUGGUCGUGGGGGCCCCUGGGGUGGCUGGUGCCGAGCGAGAUCUUCCCGCUGGAGGUACGGUCGGCGGGGCAGGGCGUGACGGUGGCGACGAGCUUCGUGUUCACCGUGUUCGUGGCGCAGGCGUUCCUGGCCAUGCUGUGCCACAUGAGGGCCGGCAUAUUCUUCUUCUUCGCGGCGUGGCUGGCGGCCAUGACGGCGUUCGUAUACCUCCUACUGCCGGAGACGAAGGGGGUGCCCAUCGAGCAGGUGGAGAAGGUAUGGCGCGAGCACUGGUUCUGGAGGAGGGUUGUCUCCGCGGAGGAGGCGCCAGCGAGCGGGAAACUAUGA